AUGUCCUGCGAAGACGAGAAUUUCCCCUUUGUUGACUGCGGAAGUGACUAUGGCCAUAAGAGCAGCUUGUACCAAGACCGGAAACACGAGUGCGGCAAAGAGGUCACAUGUGGUAUUUCAGAAACCAAGGAUUUCCACUGUGAUAACUGCGGAAGAGGCUAUCGCCAUAAGAGCAGCUUGUACCAACACCGGAAAAACGAAUGCGGCAAAGAGGCCAACUUCCGGUGUUCAUUCUGUCACUACUGGACUAAACAGCGAAGUUUAGAGAGCAAGCUAGUUACAGCAACGAAGCCGCUUAUAUCACUGUCAACUGGCAACAGCAACAUACAGAGACAAGUAGCGGAAGACGACCCUAAGUUGGAACGAAUCAAAUGUCAAAAUUGCGAUCAAACUUACUACCCAACAUUUGUUGACAUACACAAGAAACUUUUCUGUGGUCUCAUUUCCUCGGCUACCAGUGUUGAGAGCAAUCUACAUACAACAAAGCAGCAGCUUCUAACUCUGUCAGCUGACAACAGCAAUACACAGAGACAAGUUGCUGAAGAUGAGCCUAAGUUGGAACGAAUCCAAUCUUAUCCGUUCCAAUGUGAAAACUGCCUGAAGAUGUACAGAUACAAACGCAAUCUUCAGGAUCAUCAAAGGUUUGAUUGUAACACGGAGGCCAAGUUCACCUUUGGCAAGGACGUGGACAACUUCAACUAUACUUUCGUCUGCAUGAGGUGUCGUCACAGGUUUCUUCACAAGCGAGAUUUGUUGCAACAUCUAAAGGAAGUCUGCGGAUCAGAUCAACCAUUCAUGUUCGUCGUCAACACUGACGGAAACGGAACUCCUGUAUAG